CUCUCUCUCUCUCUCUCUCUCACUCACCUCUCUUUUUCUCCAUACACGACUCUUGUGUCUUUGUUGUAUAUAUAAACCUCCCAACUCCAUCUCUCUCUCUUGCUAGAUCCCCUUCAUCUCUCCCUCUCCCCUUCCCUUCCCUUCACACAUCAAAAAAAAAAAAGGGAAGGAAGGAAGGAAGGAAGAAGAAAAGGCAAAAAUGGUGAAGUUCUCUAAGGAGCUUGAUGCUCAGCUUAUUCCCGAGUGGAAGGAUGCCUUUGUCAACUACAGGCAGCUCAAGAAGCACAUCAAGAAGAUAAAGCUCUCCCAGAAACCGAAGCAGCCCCAGGACCUGAACGUCGACUUGUUCGGCUGGUCCAUCUUCAACCCGGUCUGCUCCCUCGUGACACAGAUCACUGGCGGGCCUGGUCAUGCCAGUAGCAUUAGCUCGCCCGACAGUAUCUCCCAGGUAAAGAAUAGGGCAACCAUAGAGGAAGGAGAAGAGGAGGAGCAAGAUGAGCUCUACGAAAAUGAGCUCGUUCAGCUCUUCUCCGAGGAAGAUGAGGUGAAAGCGUUCUUCGAUUCACUGGAUCAAGAGCUGAAAAAGGUGGACGAGUUCUACAAGUUGAGGGAGGGCGAGUUCCUUGAGAGAGGACAACUCCUCAACAACCAGCUCCAGAUCUUGCUCGACCUCAAGCAGAUACUCAUCCAUCGACGCAAGGAGAGAUCCUCGUUUAAAUCGACAAACUCCUCCGAAAGUCUCCAUAGCCCGUGGCCGCCUUCGAGUCGAAACUCUGACUUCUCAGCUCCAGACUCGCCGGCGGAGCUCCCGGCAACCCCUACGCUGACGGCGGCAUCGGAAACAGACGAGGUGAUCGCGGCGCUGGAGAGGAAUGGGCUGAGCUUUGUUGGGGUGGCAACGAGGUCCAAGGCCAAGGCGGCCGGUAACAACGGGAAGCCGCCGAAGACAGCGAUGAGGAUCGAGAUACCGGCCACGACGCCCACCCGGACCAUCACCGCCGUCACAUCGGCGCUGUGGGAGGACCUGGUCAACAACCCGAGGAAGGACGGCCCCGCCGACUUCAUCAACCGGAAGAAGAUACAAUACGCCGAGAAGAUGAUCAGGGGAGCCUUCGUUGAGCUCUACCGAGGCCUUGGACUGCUCAAGACUUACAGCUCCCUGAAUAUGACAGCUUUCACGAAGAUACUCAAGAAAUUUGACAAGGUGGCAAGGCGGCAAUCAUCGGGGACUUACUUAAAAGAAGUGAAGAGAUCUCACUUCGUAAGUUCAGAUAAGGUUGUGAGGUUAAUGGAUGAAGUGGAGUCCAUAUUCACAAAGCACUUUGCCAACAAUGACAGGAAAAAGGCCAUGAAGUUCUUGAGACCACAGCAGAGUAAAGAUUCUCACAUGGUUACUUUCUUUGUUGGAUUGUUUACUGGUUCCUUUGUGACAUUAUUUAGCAUUUAUGCAAUCUUAGCACACGUAGCUGGUAUAUUCUCUCCAAGCAAUGAUGUAGGCUACAUGGAAAUCGUCUACCCUGUCUUCAGUGUAUUCGCCUUGCUAAGCUUGCACUUGUUUAUGUACGGCUGCAACUUAUUUAUGUGGAGGAGCACGAGGAUCAAUUACAAUUUCAUAUUCGAGUUCUCGCCUAACACGUCUCUCAAGUACCGGGACGCCUUUCUUAUUUGCACCACCUUCAUGACCGCUGUGGUCAGUGCCAUGGUCAUUCACCUCCUCUUACGGGCCAAUGGCUUCUCCCCUUCCCAAGUUGAUGCUAUUCCAGGAUUUCUGCUCCUGAUCUUUAUUGCUCUCCUCAUUUGCCCACUUGACUUUUUUUACCGCCCGACACGCUAUUGUUUCAUCUCUGUUCUGCGCAACAUAAUCUGUUCUCCAUUUUAUAAGGUUUUGCUGGUUGACUUUUUCAUGGCUGACCAGCUUACUAGCCAGAUCCCGUUGAUGAGGCAUAUGGAAUCUACAGCCUGCUAUUUCCUCACAAGAAGUUUUAGGACACAUCAAUAUGAGAUCUGCAGAUCGGGAAGGAUGUACCGGGAGCUCGUUUACAUAAUCUCAUUCCUGCCUUAUUAUUGGCGUGCAAUGCAGUGCGCAAGGAGAUGGUUUGACGAAUGCGAUGUGAACCAGUUGGCGAACAUGGGGAAGUACGUUUCUGCAAUGGUGGCAGCUGGGGCAAGAAUUACAUACGCAAGGCAGGAGAACCACUUGUGGUUUGCUAUAGUUUUGAUAACUUCCAUUAUUGCCACGCUUUAUCAACUUUACUGGGAUUUCGUCAAGGACUGGGGCUUUCUCAACCCGAAGUCCAAGAACCCAUGGCUUAGGGACGACUUGAUUCUGAAGAAUAAGGGAAUCUAUUAUUUUUCCAUCGCACUUAAUGUGGUUCUAAGAGUGGUUUGGGUCGAAACGGUGAUGAAGUUCCGCAUCGGGGGUGUCGAGUCACGGCUACUCGACUUUUUCGUUGCUUCGCUGGAGGUUAUUCGCCGAGGCCAUUGGAACUUCUAUAGGUUGGAGAACGAGCACCUGAACAAUGUAGGGAAAUUCCGAGCCGUGAAGACGGUUCCUCUCCCAUUCCGCGAGAUGGACUAUGAGGACUGAGAUCCCCUGUAUCAGCUCCAUUCUGCAGGUCUCCCUUCAUAAGGUGACAUAAGUCGGAGACGAGCAAAAAGGUCCUCUCCGUUGCCUGAGAUGAUCGGAAAUCUCAUCUCGAGAAGAUUGUGCAAUCACUGUCACCCUUCAUUUCUUAUUAUCCACCCGGGCAGGACAAGAAGAAGUGCCGUAAGGCUAUGGAGGCGGUGAAUUGAAGAAACUGUGCAGUGCUUAUUGUAUGUAAAGAUCAAAGCUAGGGUUACUCGGACACGGUGACGGCCGAUGUAUCUCAUGUACUUAUUGAAUUUUUUUUUUUUUUUAACCUCUAAAGUAAUGGAUCUGUUGAAAUAACUCCAUUCUCCAAGUUGAAUCCAUGUCGCUUCUGCGGCAGAAAUUCAAAGAGCAAAAUACUCAAAGCCAUCGAUUUCUUAGC